GUAGCCACUGUAGCCAGCACGGUCCGCACACCUAGAAUAUUGGCCCGCAGCUCCAGGAGGCGGACGACUGACGCUUGAACCCACCAACGCAACAUCUUGUCUUCUCACACAACACUGAAUCUACUCGAUCCAGCCUGUCACAAUGGUCGUCCUCGCGGCUUCGAUUUGCACCCGAGGAGGGAAAGCUGUCCUCUCCAGACAGUUCCGGGAGAUGCCACGAUCGCGGAUAGAGGCUCUCCUGGCUUCGUUCCCUAAGCUUGCCGACAGCGGCACCCAGCACACCACCGUCGAGCAGGACAAUGUCCGCUUCGUAUACCAGCCCCUCGACGAGCUCUACAUGGUCCUCAUCACCAACCGCCAGUCCAACAUCCUCCAGGACAUCGACUCCCUUCACCUGUUUGCCCAGGUCGUCACCAGCACAUGCAAGACCCUCGACGAGCGCGAAAUCGUCAAGAAUGCCUACGAGCUUCUCAGCGCCUUUGACGAGCUUGUCACCCUCGGCUACCGAGAGAACCUAACCAUCAGCCAGAUCAAGACCUUCCUCGAAAUGGAGAGCCACGAAGAGCGCAUCCAGGAGAUCAUCGCUCGGAACAAGGAAUUGGAGGCGACUGAAGAGCGGAAACGGAAGGCGAAGCAGCUCGAGAUGCAGCGCAAGGACGCCGCCCGGAGCGGCGGUCGACCUGGAGGCAUGCCACGCACCCCCACCUAUCCCACCUACACGGCACCUGCGCGAUCGACCGCCCCCGAUACCUACGAUUCUUAUGAGGCUGAGAAGAACAAGACGUUCAAUAAGUCCUCGGCUCCCAAGGCUAAGGGUAUGCAGCUCGGAAAGAAGUCCAAGACGACCGACAUGUUCGAGCGAGUACGAGGUGAUAUGGGCGGUGAGAUUGACGAUACCCCCCUCGUCGCUCCGACCCCGACCCAACACGUUGAGCCCGCCGAGCCCCGCAUCUCUUCCACCAUGGACCGCGAUGCUAUUCACAUCACCAUCUCGGAAACGAUCUCGGCCAAGCUGUCCCGCGAAGGUGCCGUCAACUCGCUAUCAAUCACCGGUGACCUUACACUUCGCAUCUCAGACCCUAGCUUAACCAAGCUCAAGCUUGGUCUCCAUGCUGUCGCCUCUCAUGGAGCCCAGUUCCGCACUCACCCCAAUGUCGACCGUAACCUCUUCAACAGUUCAAAGGUCAUCCAGAUGAGCAACACUGCCCGAGGAUUCCCCGUCAACAACGCCGUCGGUGUCUUGCGAUGGAGGGCUUCCCCCAAGGUCGAUGAUGCCAGCGCGUGCCCCAUUACCUUUACUGUCUGGAUCAAUAAGGAGGGUGACAAGUACAACAUGACUGUCGAAUACGAGUUGACCGGCAGCGAUGCUCUGAAGGAUGUCAGCGUCAUUAUCCCCUACUCUGGUAGUGAGCCUGUUGUCUCAAGCUUCGAUGCCACCUAUGAUGUGUCAGGCGACGCUGUGGAAUGGACCAUCGGCAACGUGGAUGGAGACAGCCCCAGCGGAUCCUUCGAGUUCGAGGCUGAGUCCAGCGAUGAGAACGACUUCUUCCCCAUGACCGUGAGGUUCAGCAAGUCGGCGCCUUACAUUGACGUUGACAUUGUUUCCGCGUCGCUUCUAGAGGAGGAUGAGGAGGUGACAUUCUCCAGGGAGGUCAAGUGUCACUCAGACAACUUCUUGGUCGAGUAGAUGGAGCCUAAAAAGCCGGUCGUCUUUGGGAAAUAGUCCAGCUUGGGAGCUGAACGGGGUCGGUCUAUGAAUUGGUGGGCUGUGUCGUGAAAGUAGUAGGCAUCAGGAGUGUCUGGGGCUUAGAACCUAAUGGCGCAAUGACAAUAUGGAAUAAGAACGUGUUUUUCAUGAUGGUAGAACAACUCGCAAUAGUUAUUUGCCUUGCAA